AUGUUCUCGGAGUCUACGAGGAUUCUACACUCCGGAUGCUCUCAGAGUCUACGAGGAUUCUACACUCCGGAUGUUCUCGGAGUCUACGAGGAUUCUACACUCCGGAUGUUCUCGAAGUCUUCAAGGAUUCUACACUCCGGAUGUCCUCGGAGUCUACGGGGAUUCUAUACUCCGGAUGUUCUCGGAAUCUACGAGGAUUCUACGGUGGGAGCUCUCGGCCGAGAUGCGCCCAGUGGAUGCGAUACCAAACCCGCGCCGUUGAUCUGGGUCGAGAAAGGUGUUACGUCUGAUAAUGGGCGAAACAUGAUAAAGGCCGUCCAAGUGUUAAAUGAUGCCACAGAGGAAUCCCUUUUUGAAGAAGACACAGAAAGUGAGAAUCUUCUGAAUGAACUGGAUACUAUUGAACUUGCUAAUAUACACCUUGUGAGAUGUGCAGCACACACUCUGCAACUGUGCGUAUUCGAUGUAAACAAGGCAAAGGAGAUCGCCGAUAAAAUAAGUUCCUGUCGCACAUUAUGCAAAUCGCUGCGCACAGAAACAUAUAGGCACAAACACCAAAUGUUCCGGCGCUCGAAACUCCUGUGCGUGAAGAGAUGUUUGACUCCUCAUUCUCGUCAACUCUUUCAACCGCAUCCUCAUCUGAAGAGAAGUCGCUGUUCUCGGCAUUUUUGGACGAUUUUCAGACAGUUUCAGAAAGCAAAAAAGAUCCUGUUUCUGCAAAACUUGUCAAAAUUUAUGCUGACAUCGAAAACUUCGACGUUACUUUUGGGUGCUUGCCAUUAA